GCCUGCGGGCCGUAGUUUGAGGACCCCUGCUUUAUACUGAAGCUUUGCUUUGAUUGAAAAUUGAGAAAUCUUGUGAUUCAUUGAUAACAUCUCUAUGAUGAAUUACAUAUUCCUAGCACCAUUCAAAUAGGAAUUCUAUUUGUGGACUUCAGAUAAUGAAUCCCCUAUAGGAAACUUAUUUCAUCCAUCUCUGUUUCCUUCCAAUUGAACAACUCCUUCUUUUAUGUUAACCUUAUUUUAGUGGUUCAUUCUCAUAAUUUGGGGGAAUUAUACCUCUCUUUUUUUCCUUGUGAUUUUAAUGUGUUGCGGUAAGUCUAGCUGGCAGGAUAUGCACCAUUACAUAGAUUAAGUUUGCUUUUUGUAGCUGAGAAAUUCUAAAUAGAUCUUCAUUCUAGUGAAGACUUUCUUCUAAGGAAUUUAGAUUCAUUCUUCCAGACGGCAGAUAUAUCAUAUGGGUUCUUCAUGAGUGCCAUAUAUGAUGGGAUGCUCAUAAGACUUUCACUUUUUACCUGGGCUUGUUUAGACUGAGAGUGGAGAAAAUUUUGUGGUUCAUUGGUAUGAUUUCUAUGUUGAAAUAUUUGGAUCUAAACGUGCAAGUAGAUGAAUUCAUCUAUGUUACAUCAUUUCAGGUUUGCGAUGUGUUAAGAUAUUUAUAGAUCACUGAUGGACUAUGAAUAGUCAAGUAUCCUGGCAAUCACACCCAGAGGUUGAGAUCAAGAUAUUUAUUUGCCCAUAGAUAUAAAAAUUCAAUAAAAUUAGGAGCUUCCUGGUAUCUUAUUUACUUUUUACAAGUAUCAUAAGUACAAGGAAAUAACAAUUCUCACCUUUGAUUACUGCCCUACUCCUUGAAUAAAGUCUUGGAUAAAGACUUAUGAAGAAGAGGAUUAUCUGUCCUCUUAUCCAAACUAACCACACUGAAUCUGCCCAAACUUGAAAAUAUGUUGGCAUAGGGUUUAAUGAUGCAAAUCCUGGUUAGAAUUUUCAGGACUAAAUACAUGUGUAUAUAAGAGGAAUGCCACAGCUUGUGUCAUGAGGAAAUUUGAUUAUGUAAAAAUUAUCCUCAUAAGUAUUAUGCUGAGACCCAUUUUGGGAGGGCAUUUGGGAUGCCAUAGGCUACGCAAAACAUAGCUAUGAAAACAGAAGUCAUUAGAGAAAAUAACAAGUAGUCAUGGAGAAUUUAGAUUAGAGACUGUAAUAGAAUGAAAGCAUCAGGUUGGCAAGUGGUUGUCCUAGUAACUUGGAAGAAAGGGAAUAAAAAUGGAGUCAGACUACUGAAUGGCAAAUUUAAGACUAAACUAUGGUGCCAUACAAAUCAACUUUUCAUCUCAAUAUGAAGAAUAUCAGCCCUUGCCUUUUGGAAUCUCAACAGCUCCAAUUGUUGUUAGAAAUUAUCCAGGACUGCUGGCAGGACCCCAAAUAGUAAGAAUUCAUAUGCCCUUUUCUCCACCUGACAUUAACUAUCUUAAGAAUUAUUUUCUAGUGCUCUGAGGAGAGCCACAAAAAUUUCCCAAUGUAUUCUGUAGUGUGUUUUCAAUCUAUAGCUCUGCACAUUGGGGAGGUACACUCUGGAUGUUCAUGGACUGUUGCCUCCAGUUGACUUGUCUGACUAAUAGAGCAGGCACAACAGGGACCAAAUGAGAACCCCCACAUAAGGAAGAAAAGGACCCAGGAGUCCAGUUAUUUCACAAUUAUCCAUUUUUUCCAACAACUUAGAUUACUCUUUGUGCUUUGGCCACCCAACCUGAUGAUAGCAGUCCUUGAAACCUUUCUAUAGAAAGUGGACUGGAAGAAGCUAAAUUCUACACUCAGAAGGUGGUUGAGUUCCCCCAUUGACUUUCACCAUAGUUCACUAAAUUAUUUUCUACAUUUAUAUAUAUAAAUUUAUGGAUGGACCAGAAUAGGCCUUUAAUCCUCUCCAUUGUUAUGGCACUUUUGUUGCCAGGAAUUCAAACACAAGUAAGGGAAAAAGUAGUAGGUGGCAGGGACCCACCCAGCUUUGAUAAAUGAAGAGAAAGAUAAGACAAAAAUAAACUUAAGACUACAGCAUUAGCUGCCCAGUUAUAAUUACUCACAAAGGAACAAACCCUUAUCUAGGCCCACCAAUGAAUAAGCAGGCACAAGCUAAUGGAAAGUCCAUAUAUCACUGUUGUAAAAAAUCAAGACAUUAGAAAAAGGGAUCAUGGAAGAGAUUAAGGAAGAUGCAAGGGAUGCCUAACUCUGAAGCUUUACUAUCUCCUCAAGGAGAUCUUCAUCUCAUGAAAUGAAACAAAAUAAUUUGCGAAUGGUGCAAAGUAAUGGACAAAAUUAACAUAAUGAGGAAACCUCAGAGAUGGGAAUGGUAUAAAUUUUUGUACCUGUUUCUUUCUCCUACCUUAAUCUUUUCUUACCCAUUCUUGUAGAUACUGGAGCCAUGAAUUCUGCAAUUCCUAUUGACCUUUUUUGUUUUACCCUAACCCAGGAAAACAUUCAAGAUCUGACUAUUUAUGGAAUAUCUUCUACCUGUUAUUUCUCCUCUGAGGUUCCCACACAAAUACUCCUCUCUUAGAAGACUAUGCCUUGUCUCCUAACAUGUUUGGUAAUCUGUUAGGAAGGAACCUGCUGUAUAGACUAAGGGCUAUGACAUUUUUGACUCUAGAUUGAGUCAAAGCUUCAUCUGUGUAGCUCCUAGGAUUCAAGGUAGCUGUGUUGCUAAAUAUGUACUUUCUGAAACAAAGUAGGGCUGUGGGAGACUGGCAGUCUUGUCACAUGCUGGAAAAGGCCUCCCAAAUUACAGGAAAAAAAACAUAUUUAUGGGUCCUAGGAACAAAUGAUAGUGACUUAUAAAAGGGAUCAACACCAUUGUUAUAACUUACAAUGAAUAAAAACCUUGAUCAUGUGUAGAAUAUCUUCUCUAUUUUGAACUCAAAUACAAUGUAUAGAACCAGUAAUUAGAGAAAUAGAAAAACAGGAUUUAAUGAAAAAGGCACAUAGACCUCAUAAUACUAUAUUACUUGUGAGAAAGGAAGGGGAAUUUUACAAGAAAGGUCAAACUGUUUAUAGACCUGUACAUUGAUCUGAGAGAAACAAGUUGUGAUUCUUCUGACACCUUGGUACCCAAUGUUGCCACUACUAUCUUAACAUCUGUGCCUGAGUCAGCUACAUAUUUUUCUGUAACAGGAUUAUGUUCAACUUUCUGUUCUGUACCUUUGAUUGAAGAGUCAAGUUUCCUGACUGUGUUUACCUUCAAAGGUAGAGGUUUUCAAUAUUUGUGGAAAUGGAUCCCCCAGAGAUUUAGAGAUUCACUUUACUAUAUUCUCUAGGCAUUUACAAGAAAAGGAAUCAUCCUCAUCUUAGGGUUCCAUGCUAAUUAUUAUUGAUAGCCACUAAUACCUUAUGUGCUGGUAAAGACAACACUUUAACUUUACUAAAUUUCCUAGUCUACCAGGACAUAAAGCCUCCCUACAUAAGUUGCAAUAUUAUCAAACUGAAGUCAAAUAUUUGGGAUAUGUAUUCUUGGAAGAUGGAAGAUAGUUGCAUCCUGAAGAUAGUCUAAUGUACAAACAAAACAACGUACUACAAAAAAAAAAUUCCACCAAUUGUGAGGAUUGAUUGUGGAUAUCUGCCUUUUCUGAAAAGACUAAGCCUCACACUAAUAUGUUACAUGAAACACCACCAGAACUUUUUAUUAUAGUCAAAGUAAGAUGAAGAAGUCUUUCACACCCUUAAAACAGCUGUCAUUUCCCCACCUGUAUUAGGAGAUUUUAACUUUGAUCAACUGUUCCACCUUUUCUGUUAUGAGAUUAGGAUACUUAUAAUCAUGUGUGACUUCAAAAUUAGGCCUUGAGUAUGGGCAUAUUGCUUACUUUUCUGGGCUAGUAGAUUUUCUUGCUCUGGGAAUGUCAUGAUACAGGUAUAGCAGCAGCCACUCACCUGACUGAAAAGGAUCAGUCAGGCUUUGACUUUGGGAAAUUUAACUUACUGACAGUCAUUUCAUGCUGUAACUACUAUUUUACAAGUUCAUAAGAUAUCACAGUUGUCAGUGUGAUGCCAAACUAGAUAUGAACAAGUCUUAUUGUCUAUUCCUAAGGCUAUGCUAGGCAAGUAUAACCUUCUGACAGCUAUUCUGUGGCUAGACCUUGACAAACUAAGUUAACUCACAGUCAUUGAGGAAGAUCCUGGAGCUUGGUCUGGUUUAUCUAAUAUUCCUAUUCCCAGUGCUGACUGAAUAUUCUCUGAUAUCUCCUGUGUAAAAGAUCAGCAAGGGACUAUAUAAGCAUGCUUUGCAGUAGUCAACCUUCAUGAAGUUUUACAGGCUUCUCUUCUCCCAAAUAUAAAAUCAAUCCAAGUGGCAAAACUUGUAACUGCUAUACAAGUUGUUAAAUUAGCCAUUAGUCUUAAAGCAGAUAUCUAUACAGUGCUGUUAGUAAGUAUGUGUUUGUGGUCUGUCAUGUGACUGGACAACUCUGAAAGCGUAGAUGCUAACACAAAUAGGAAUUAAAAUAUCACAUGGGAAACUAAGUAAUGAUUUAUUAGAGUCAUUCAAACUUCUGUAACAGAUUUAUGCAAUUUAUUCUUUAGCUAACACUAGAAAACAAGAUGAAAUAUCUAAAAAAUCAAUUUGCAAACCUAGCUAUAAAGCAGCUAUUGAGAUUUGAACUGGACGAAUCAAACCCCUAUCACUUCUAUCCACGAAUUCCCAUUUAUAAUUUCAGAAAUAGCCAACUUUCUAACAAUUAGAAAAUUAAGAAUCAAAGAGAGCUAAGAACACCAUAGGAAAGUGAGAAUUACAUAAUGAAAAUUUUGUUAUUCUAAUUGUUAUAUGAUUGAAUAGCUUUUUCAUGAUAACAACAAACUCAUUCAAACAAAAGGAAUAUACUGAAAACUUGGAAUCUUAUAAUACUUGUAAUAGAAUCAAAUAAUUCAGGACAUAAUAUGAAGAUACGCUGUUUGUCAGAAAAAUUUAUUUUGUCAGAAAAAUUAUUUACAGUGGAUGACUAAGAUAAGUCAAUAAAACCUACUAAGACCAAUGUUAUGUCAGAUAUGAUGGCACACAAACUUAAUGGAACUUCCACCUUUAGAAGAUAUUAAAUAUUUUUGGCUAUGUUGAGUAUUGGUGUCUGGAUGGGUGAAGGCAGAUGCUCAAACAGUGAUCAAGCACUUACUGUAUCAUAUCUAACCUUUGGAAUUCCUGUAUAUCCAGAAUCCAAUAGGGAAGGUUGUUUUGUAUCUGUGGUAAUUCAAGAGCCUUGUAAUAUUCUACAAAUAUAAACAAUGUGCCUAUUCCUUAUUAUCCCCAGCCUUCUGGCCAAGUAGAAUGAAUGAACCAUACUCUAAAGAAUUUAGGCCACUGUACAGGGGCCCAAAGCCUUACCAUGGGUUUAUUUAAAAAGAACGUUAAAUUGCUGAAGGAAGCAUAGCAUCUCUUCCUUUGAGUUUGGAAGAUCAGUGAAUAUUGGGUUUGAGCCUAUCCUAUUCUCUGAUACAAUGGAAAACCCUUAUGCUCAGAUAUAAUACUUAAAGAGGCUCACUUUGCCAUCAUGUGGCCAGAAGCUGGAAAAUCCUCCUGGGAAUGUGUGUCAAUGAUAUUGAACAGGAGACCCAGUCUACAUCAAACUGUUCCAAUGACAGACUGAUUGUCACUACACUGAACAGAAUCCUACUAGGUGUUGUUCAUUACUCACAUUGAUAUCAAGAUGAUGGAGAAAACCAAAUGCAUGCAUGUUUCAUAUGUGAGACCUACACUUAUAAUUGAGUGGGCUAUAACUCCCAUUUAAGACCAUAAGGUUAAAUUCUCCAGAUAGUCAAUUAUAAUAUAUACAAGCUGAAGGGAAAAGUUUCUCUUAUGGACAGACAACAGAAAAGAUAUACUAUUUUGGUAUGUUCUUCAUAUUAUAUUGGCCAUUAUAAUUUUGAUACUUUAUUUCAUAACAUAACAGUUAAAGCUUAUAAAAUAUUAGUACAUCUUUUAAAAAUUAGUAUCUCAAUCUCAAGGAAUUUUCAUUGAUUACAAAUUGUGCUCAAUAAAGGGUGAGAGCUCUAGACACUGCUUUCUUUGUCAUAAUACUUAAUUUUCUUUUAUUUUUCUUUUAAUUAUUAUCAGCCCAGGUUCUGAUCAGAUCUCAUAAUACUUCAGACUCAUCAGUUGGAUGGUUUAAAUUUAAAAGAAGUAGAAUAAUUCAAGUCUUCUCACAGACACAUCAAUAUUACCCAAAUAAAAUAAAACAAUCUUAAUUAUCACCAUAAUUUGUGUGACUGAAUAUGCAGAUAAGAAGAAAUUUUUAGCUAAUUAAGCCUCGAUAUAAUUAUGGUCAAAUUAAAAGUCCCUGAACAGUAUCACAAAACUCCAAAGGCUCUAUGUCUUAAAUAGCCAUUGGGGUGCAGAUUCACAAAACUGAAUUGAUAUACAGUUGAGGAGAAAAUAUCACAGCUAAAAUGAUGAGGGUUUAUUUCUUCAACAGCCUGAAAACACAUCAUCCCAUAAAAUAGACCUACCCUAUUUAAACCUGGCAGUCUCCAGACCUCAGAUUUAAGACAUCUAGGAUAAAUAAAUAGUUGGCCUUUUUAAAUAUUACCACAGAUAUUAUGAGUAAAUUCAAUUCUACUUGUAUACAAUAGACAUUAACAUUAUGAAAAUAUUUUACACAGGGAAUAAAAUGGUGCUAUGAUCAAGCUAAAAAGGAUUAUCAAAUGCAAUAUUAGGGGGAAAAUAGAAAUAGGGACAAUAAUUGCAAACUCUUAUGAUUGCAAACUCUUAUGAUUGCAAACUAUUAGAAGUACUGGUAAUCUUAGAAAUACUGGUAAACUACCUUGGAUGGUUGCAGAAACAUAUAAAUCAGAUGCAAACAGGAUAGAAUCAAAAGCUGAUGCAAAAUAAAACAAUUGACAAAAAAUAAGAUGAAAUUGUGAAAGAAUUUAUGAAUGGACAUCUGGUAAUGAUGCAAAAAUAUAGCUAAAGAAUUUUCACAACCACAACUGUGGUAGUUCAAACACUACAGUGUAUAUUUGGUAGAACUGAUGUAUAGGAUUUUACGUAAUUAGGGGAAGAAUCGAGUAUUAGGCAUAUGAAAAACAUUCAGAGAAGCAAAGAUGGGGUAUAAAGGUGGUUAUAUUAUGAAUAAAAAAGGAUGAACUUUGCCAUUACAGAUUGAGAAUUCAAAAACUACCUGAGCACUUCACUAAAAUGAAACCUAGAGAUAAGCAAGUAAAUUGAUUUUAGUUACUGAAAGGACAAGAAUUAUGUUCUAACCAGAGUUCACUUAAAGGUACGGAGAAACAAGGGCUCCAAGAAAGAGGUAGUCAUUAGGACUAUGACAGGUGGACCCUUCUGCAGCCUCAGGGCAUGUUUGCGGCCCAGUGGCUGCGUGCUGAGCUCGUAUGGCCCCCGUCGUGUCUUUCAGGGAGCCGUGCUGCCCAGGUUGGCCCCAAGGCAGUCUCAGGAUCCCAGGUCCCUGUGGGCAAUGCAUGGGUAAGCCGGCCACCGAUUCCCGAGAGGAAUGCGACUCCUCGGGGACCGACUGUCGUCCACAUUCCAAGGCAGCUAGCGUCCCGGAGAGAGUUCCCUCAGAACGAGCGCGAUCGGCGCAGUGGUGGUCCAAGCGGAGCGCAGCUUGCCCUGUGCCGCAACUCGUGUGCUCCGUGGCCCCCUGUUCUCCGAGAUGGCCCUGUGGGAGCCGUGCUGCCCAGGCUGGCCCCAAGGCAGUCAGGAUCCCAGGUUCAAAAUGAGAACAAGGUGUUGUACUUCAGGGAAGAGAGAAAGGCUGAAAUUCUGGUCAUCCACUUCAGAGCAUGGGAUGUUGAUCAGUUAAUACCGAUUUGCUGGUUAAAAAUGAGAACAAGGUGUUGUACUUCAGGGAAGAGAGAUAGAAAUGCUGGAAUCUGGUCCUCCACUUCAGAGAAUGGGAAGCAAUUGGUUUCUGGAAUGGUUUCUGGAUCACUUCAAGAAUGAUUUCUGGCAUUGUUUCUGGUAUGGUUUCUGAGUAGUUUCUGGAAUGCAUGUAACAUUUACAUAUUGGUCUGUGUGUUGAUAACAUGCUAUAUUUGGAUCAUGCAUGUUACUGAGCAAUACAGUUUUAGUGUGUAUACUUUUCUAUAUGUAUUUUAUACUUCAAUAGAAAGUUAAAAAUAGUUAAUAGAAAGUUAAAAACUAGUCCAAUAGUCACUAAUAUAUUUCUUAAGAAUAUUGCCAAGUGAAUGUGUAUUACUUGAUGCUUAACAAUCGAAGCCCUCAUAAUAGGUCAAGUGUGUUCUCUCUUUAACAUAGGCAUUCUAGCAUAUCAUAUCAUGGAGUAGUUACUGAUAUAUUCUGCUUUAACACAUUUAUAUGUUUUCAUGUAUAUGCUUAAAUUAUUUAACUUACACUUCUUUCUCUGUUAUAAAAACAAGCUAAGCAAUUCCACAUCUUAAAUAUUGCUGACUUGUCCCCAUGUGUUCGUGUACUUUGGCACUGGAUUAGUUCUUUAUACUUUUCUCAAGAUCACUUAAACUGACACAUCUCUUCUUUCAAAGAGUGGGAAUUAAUGUCAUGAUGCCCUUGUGCUUUUCCUUUCCAUGUGCUAUAUAAUUGAAUAUAAAAGCAAAUAUAGUUGUUAACAUUUAGUGUGAUUAUUUCCACACAACACAUAAAGAUGUUGCUCACAGAUGUUAAGAGAAUAGAGGCCCACAUGCAUUGUACAGUAGAGAAUUUUGGGGUAGUGUUGAUGAAGUUAGAAGAGGUAUAAAGCCAAAAUUCAGAACAAUGAACUGCUUGCUUAAGGAUUUCCUUAGAGGUUUCUUAGUCAUGAAACUGAUGAAUCUGAGUCCUUUUUACCUUUUGAAUCCUUGACACGCUAAAAUUAAAAUAUUUUUUACCUUUUAAUCCUGCUUUCCUAAUUUUCCCUUCUUUUACUUAAAAUAAAAAUCUUACAGGCAUAAAUUACUGCCAAGUGUUAUCACUUCAUUUUAAAGAAGUUUAACACUAUAGAAGAAUAGAAAAUUAUUUAAGACAGAUGUAUUUUUGACAUUUCCUCUCUGCUUUCCAGAAGUAAAAUAUUUAGCCUUAUUACAGAAAAUAAAUUUUCUAUGAGAAUGCAAGUAUCUAUCAAUUAAUCUAUCUGUAUAUCAAUGAAUUAUCUAUCAUAACCAGUUAAUUUUAUCAUGAUGAGAUAUUGAUUUAACAUAUGACAUUAUGAUAGUAUUAUAUGUUUACAAUCUCCUGAGGUUCUAUAGGUUCUAAGGUCUCCAUGUCAAAAACUGUAGAUGUACUGGUGUCCUUCAGUGCAUGUGAAAGACACCACAUUUUCUUUAGCCAUGUAUUGUUUUCAGAAUAAUGGUGUUAACUUCUUUGCCAUGGCAAGAUAUCAUAUAUUUAUAAUCAUUAUAUAUUAGUCGUUAUGCACUCAUGCUUCUGUUUCUGUAGAAAUCAUUUCUAGAAUGGCUAAUGCUGGCAACUUAGGUCCAUGCAAUUUUCUUCAAUGAGAUAUGGUCAAAUCACCACCCGACUAUUCAGGUUAACAUCUCUUCACUACUGUAUUAGAAUGUUGAAGUAAAGUAAUAUAUGUCUUAUAGCUAUGUAAAUAGAUAGGGCACUAAAAUAAUAUUAUUUAGGAUAUCUUUUUAAGUGAUAUGUACUUAUGGUUAACAGUAUUAAAAUAGGUUUUGAUUUAUACAAUGAAAACUGGCAGUCCUUUUUACAAACAUAAGCAUAACAGUAGAAUUUAUCACUGACAGUGAUAACAUGAUAGUCUUUUAUUUCCAAUCACUGAAAUAGUCCUAUUUGCAGAUCUCAAAUACCAAGAUUCAGAUUUUCUUAAAGAGCCAGCAUCUGGAUAAAUUAUACAGAUUUCAAUUUUUAUUUAUAAUAGUCAUUUAUAUUCAUAAAUUCAAAAAUCAGUAAUUCAUAAGUUAAUAAUUUAGUUUGUGACAGUCAAUGCAAGAAUAACAAUGGAAGGACAAAACCAGUUACACUAAUAAAGUCAUAUUAACAUGAAAAAAUUAAUCAGGAUAGCUUUCAUAGUAUAAAUUUGGAGAAAAUGUCAAGAAAUUCUCUGAAAUAUUCUUUUAUGAAUAUUUACAUUAUACAAGAAUUUUUAAAAUUCUGGCAUAAUGUGUGCUUCUUUCCAGAUAGUUUGAGCAGAUUGAUAUUUGGCAUAUCUUUUGAAUCAUAUCUUUGUCUUUAGUGGUGGCAAUAUAUGCUUGAAAAUGAACAAAUAAGAAGAUAAAUAUAAAGCCAUAAGUGAAGGUCCGAGGUUGAAGUAAUUAAUCAUGCAUACAGAACACAAAGGAUUUUAAUAUAACAUAAUGUUAAUUAACUUUAUAGAAUUAUGCUGAAUGGAUAUCAAACAUGGACAUUAUUGUCAUCUCAUUGAAAGGUUCAAUAGGUACCACAAUACACACUUUUCUUUUGCACCAAACACCCUAUAAAAUUUUUAUGGCUUAUUUAGACAGUGUGUGUGUUUUUGAGAGAUCUUGACACAGAGAAGCAAGAAUAUCAGGUUGCCAGUACACUCUGUAUAUAGUUAGAGUCACAUUGAAACCAUGGCUUCUCCAGUUCUGAGGUGAGCCCACUGAUCACACAUUCUCAGAAAACAUAGCAGGCUCAAGUCCUAUGCACACAGUAUUUCAUGAUUAUCUUAUGUCAGCAAUUUCUAAGUAUAGAGUUUGUGUGAAGACAAAUCAUUUCUCUUAGCCUGUAUGUAUAGUAAAUUCAUCAUUUAUUUAUUUAGUUACUAAAAUAUUAUCAUCAGAUAGAGAGACUAUAGCAAAGUGGUCUUAAUGCAAUGGAGAAUGAAGUGUAAGUUUAUGCUAAUGAUACUUUCAGUUUGGAUAAGACAUCUAAGAGAAAAUUGUAAAAACAUGUAUGGCAGUAAAGCUUUCAUGUGAUUCACUUAUGCAGUGGAUUUACCUAAUUUUUUGGUGGAAUAGAAGUAUGGGUUGUUGUCCCUAAAUAGAAAAAUUAAAAGUUUUUUAAAAAUUAAUGCGAAAAGAAAAA